CCAAAAGGCACGACGUCUCGUUAUCAAAUGAUCAACGUGACAGCUUACUUGUAUCAAACAUGGAAAUCAUGGAAGUGCCUUCGCAUGACGACGUAAGUGCGUCAAUUCCCAAACAGGAAAGUUUGUGGGGCAACUCCCAAUAUUGGGGUAUCUCGCUGAGGAAGACCAAAAAGCCUAUCACAAAGGACCUCAGGGACUACGACGCCAUACUAUUUAACCAGGACAAUAAAUGAGUAGUCUCCAAGGACAGAGAAGAGCGUCGCUGGAUUUCCUUUUUCAGCCGAGUUCCCCAGCAGAUAGGAGAGCCUCAAAAUGAAGGACAGACUUUUCGCGGGAUUAGUUUAAAAGAAGCUAGAAGAUGGCGAGCGCUCGGCACACCUUUUUAGAGAGAACACAUUCCUGCCGUUUCCAACAGCCAGAAAUAUCGAUAUCCAUGUCCUACAGCUAAUGCAAGUAGAGUACGAGGAAUGUCCACAUGCAUUCGUUUACAUUUAUAUUGUUACUGUUAAUGCCCUCUCUAAUCGGCACAGUCAAAUAUUCCCUCG